AUGAUGCGACCAGCCUUCCAGCAGGUCGCGGCCAUACCGCGCCGCGCCAUGCCGACAGCAAGACAAAAUGCUUGGGAGGCAGUAUGGAGGAGGCAGUUCACGUCGCCUAGACGCCCGCUCACGACAACGCCCUCGCGCGCUGGAGGAACGAGGACGGGCGCAUCACAGUCCACGACUCGUCGCGCCCAAAUAAACAGCUGGAGUUGGAUUGCAGCUCGUUUGCAGACCGUGUCCCGAGCCUCGCGCCGGACAUUUCGUUUUUCCGCCAGACAGAGGAAUACUGCGGACGGGAAACCCGCCCAGGAAUCGCUGUCACUAAGUCAGAGGCUGAAGAAACUUUCCAAGGAGUACGGUUGGUCGGCGGUGGGAGUGUAUCUGGCCUUGAGCGUCCUUGACUUUCCCUUCUGCUUUUUGCUCGUCCGGGUUGUUGGCACAGACAGAAUUGGCCAGCUCGAGCAUUGGGUAACAUCCCAUAUCAAGCAAAUCAUACCUGAGUCGGUCAAGACUUGGUGGCAUGAGUACAGAGCGGCGCUUACCAAGGCCGAGACUCAGCAGCUUGGCAGCAACGAUGUCAGCGAGGCUGUCGAAAUGGCAGGCUGGGGAGUGGAAGAAGCCCAGGAGCGCAACCGGGCAGAAGCCAGUAAGUUCAUGCACCUCGUCCCCUUGAUGCUUUGA